CACGCAGUUUUCGAUCGUCUGUCACCAAAGAAACAAGUCUCACUUCGCCGAAUCUCCAAGAUGAGGUCCUUGCUCGUAGCACUGGCACUGGUUCUUAUGGUCGCUCUCGUUAACGCCGGAGGAUACGGCUACGGGCACGGACAUGGUCACGGAGGAUUUGGGCACGGUGGCUUCGGGCAUGGGCAUGGAGGAUUCGGACACGGUGGCCACGGCCAUGGAGGAGGAUAUGGCUACAAGAUCGACGGAAGCUACGGCGGCGGAUAUUCCAGUAACCACUUCCACAUCAGCCCAGGAUACGGAUACGGCCAUGGACAUGGACAUGGUGGGUACCACUGAAGAAUACAGUAGAUGGCCACUACGAAAGACACCGUGAUGGAUCCUGCUCCAAUAACUGCAAUUCGAAAUUGAAAUAAAUUUAAAAUUAUA